AGUAUAUGUAGAAAAACAUAUAAAAAUGGAGCCGGUAAACGAAAACAAGCUCGAUGAGAUUUAUGCGUGGAUAGAUCAGAUUACAUUUUCAAGACCGAAGAAAAAUAUAUCGAGAGAUUUUUCGGACGGAGUAUUUAUGGCCGAAUUAUUAAAACGAUAUUAUCCCAAGCACGUUGACGUGCACAAUUAUGUGCCUGGCAAUAGUGUAGCAAAGAAGAUUGAUAAUUGGAACAUAUUAAAUAGAAAGGUUCUUUCUAAAAUUGAUAUGAAACUUGGAAAAGAUGUGAUCAAUCAAUUGGCAAAUUCACAAUUAGGCAUUAUUGAGAAGGUUUUGAUAGACGUGCGAGCGAAAAUUUUAAAAGACUGUAAUGCAGAUGGAGAUUCAUUAUAUUCUGAUUAUGAAGAAAAUGGAAGAGGUGAAAACGCUAAACCUAUUUUAAAUCCUGAAGAAAUUGUUAAUAGAACAGUACCACGUCAUACUUUCAUAAAACUUAAGCAAGAAUUGCAAGAAAGGAAUGAAACUAUUAACGCACUUCAUCAAAAAAUUUCACACUUGGAAAGUUUGAUCAAAUUAAAGGAUCAAAGAAUAGUAGAUCUUACGGCACAAAUUACAAGACCAAUGGCACAUACAUAGAUUUUUUGUAUUAAUGUUGCAA